AUGUCAUCUCAAGGACACUUUGUGCAGUUUGAUGGUCAUUAUGACCAUUGGAGCAUGUUGAUAGAGAAUUUCCUGCACUCUAAAAAGUAUUGGCAUGUUGUUGAAAGUGGUGUUGAAACACCUAAUGCUGAUGUAGCACUUACAGAAACACAACAAAAGGAGUUGGAGGGAAUGAAGUUGAAAGAUUUAAAGGCAAAAAAUUACUUGUUCCAGGCCAUUGAUCGCUCUAUCUUGGAAACAAUUCUUGGCAAAGAAACUUCCAAAGAUAUUUGGGAUUCAAUGAAGAAAAAAUAUCAAGGCUCUAAUAGAACAAAGCGUGCACAGCUUCAAGCCUUGAGAAAGGAAUUGGAAAUGUUACACAUGAAGAGUGAUGAAUCGGUAACCAACUAUUUUGCAAGAACCAUGACAAUUGCAAAUAAAAUGCAAUUCCAUGGUGAAAACAUGGAAGAUGUUGUUAUAGCUGAGAAGAUCUUAAGUUCCAUGGCACCAAAGUACAACUAUGUUGUGUGUUCCAUUGAAGAAUCCGAAGAUGUUGAUACACUCUCCCUUGACAAGCUCCAAAGUUCUUUGUUGGUUCAUGAGCAGAAGAUGAAUCAAGAUACAAUUACAGAAGAGCAAGCUUUGAAGGCAUCUACCUCUUGA